AUGAGCAAGCCCAUCGCACUGUUAUCGGUCUACGAUAAAACCGGUCUCAUCGAAUUUGCCAAGGCUCUCGAUGCAGCUGGUGUUCGGCUUUUGGGCUCUGGCGGUACAGCGAAAAAGAUCAGAGACGCGGGAAUUGCCAUUGAAGAUGUCUCCGAUAUAACCAAGGCGCCCGAAAUGCUUGGUGGGCGCGUCAAAACACUCCACCCCGCUGUUCACGGUGGAAUUCUUGCUCGCUCGAUCCCGUCUGACGAGAAGGACCUGGAGGCGCAAGGAAUCUCACCAAUUUCUAUCGUCGUUUGCAACCUUUAUCCAUUUUCAUCCACCAUUGCUCAACCCAACUGCACUCUGGCGGACGCGGUGGAAGAAAUAGACAUUGGAGGCGUAACUCUCUUGCGUGCAGCAGCCAAAAAUCAUGCUCGAGUUUCGGUUGUCUCUGAUCCCUCCGACUACUCCGAGUUUGUGGAGGCAUGGAAAACGGGAGGGGGAGAUGUUGGACAAACUCUACGAAGCAAACUCGCUCUCAAAGCGUUUGAGAUGACAGCCCAAUAUGACGAUGCUAUCAGCGGAUACUUCAGGGAACAAUAUGCCUCAGCCGAACUUCCCAAAGACAAACUUGCUGGCUCUGUUCAGAGAAUCGCCCUCCGAUAUGGCGCCAACCCGCAUCAAAAGCCGGCACAAGCAUAUGUUACCAAGGGAGAACUGCCGUUUAAGGUGCUUUGUGGGUCCCCCGGCUACAUCAACCUGCUCGAUGCGCUCAACUCAUAUGCGCUUGUGAAAGAGCUUCAAGAAACUCUGGGUCUUCCUGCUGCCGCCUCCUUCAAGCAUGUUUCUCCAGCAGGCGCCGCAGUUGGUAUCGAACUCGAUGAGACCGAGAAAAAAGUCUACGGUGUUGAUGAUCUCAAGGAGGCACUGACCCCAUUGGCUUGUGCGUAUGCUCGAGCACGUGGGGCAGACCGUAUGUCCUCUUUUGGCGACUUCAUUGGACUGUCAGCCCCUUGCGAUCUCGCUACAGCCAAGAUUAUCUCGCGGGAGGUCUCUGACGGUAUUAUCGCUCCAGGGUACUCUCCAGAGGCACUAGACGUUUUGGCAAAGAAGAAGGGAGGGAAAUAUUGUGUCCUCGAGAUUGAUCCAAACUACGUACCUGAUACCGUUGAGACCAAACAGGUCUAUGGCGUGCACCUACAGCAAUUACGUAACAACGCGAAAAUUGAUGCUGGUCUUUUCAGCAACAUAGUCACGAAGAAAACCGAUCUGCCUUCAAACGCUCAGACCGACCUGAUCCUUGCUACCCUCGCGCUCAAAUAUACCCAAUCCAAUAGCGUCGCAUACGCGAAGCAUGGUGCCAUCAUUGGUCUUGGUGCUGGCCAACAGUCUCGGAUUCAUUGUACCCGACUUGCUGGCGGAAAGGCCGACAUUUGGUGGCUUCGCCACCACCCCCGUGUCUUGUCCUUGCCGUUCAAGAAAGGCGUAAAGCGCGCCGAGAAAGCCAACGCGAUUGAUCUCUUCGUUGGCGGUGAAGUUCUCGAGGGCGGGGAGAAGGAACAAUGGGAAAGUAUGUUUGAGGGAACUGUUGCACCGCUUACUAGCGAAGAGAAAGCAGAGUGGGCCGUCAAACUUGAGGGCGUGUCGUGUUCCAGCGAUGCAUUCUUCCCCUUCCCUGAUAAUGUUCAUCGGGCACGGAAAAGUGGGGUCAGUUAUUUGGCGGCGCCGAGUGGGAGUGUUAUGGAUUCUGAGUGCAUAAAGGCGGCAGAUGAACAUGGGAUCGUCUUUGCUCACACUUCGCUGCGUCUAUUUCAUCAUUAA